UUUGGUCCAAGUGUUUUCUCAAUUUUAUUUCCUCUUUAGUUCCUUCUGAAAGUUCAGAUUUAGUUAAAUUUCAAUUCCAUAACCAUGUUAGAGGGAAAAGCAGUGAUCGGCGAGACAGAUAUGUUGCAAAAUAUGCAACAAUACGCGCUCGAUUUAGCAGCUAAAGCCCUUGAUUUCUUUGACGUCACAGAGGCCACUGAAAUAGCCCGUUUCAUUAAAAAGGAAUUUGAUAGGAUGUACGGACCCGGUUGGCAAUGCAUUGUAGGGACAGAUUUUGGUUCAUUUGUCACACAUUGUUCUGGCUGUUUCAUCUAUUUCUGCGUAGGAAGUCUUGCUAUUUUGCUCUUUAGGGGAUCAACUGGUUCCGAAUCCGAGACUGACCAGUUUGCAGCCUUGGAGACAGUCAAGGCUUAAUUGUUUUUCUACUCCAUUCAUGCUGUUCUUGUAUCUUGCCUUGUUAGUCCAGAGUUGAAUGACAAAAGUUCAAGAAAAGGAAACAAAAAUUCUGCAGAAUUUAGAUUCAUUAGUCAUAUUUUACAAUUUUAAAUUUGUUUUCAUUGAUAUGCUUGUAUGGCAUUAAUGUCUAGUUGGUGUUUCUUCCAUAGGACCUCAGGCUAACCUAAACGAUUUAUUGCGAGACAUAAUUGGGCCCAAAAAGAAAUUUGUAGCAAUUCUCUUGUGUAAAUACCAAAUUUUAAGAAUGAAAAUUACAUGCCUACUGAAGAAGCCACUUUUUGCCAAAAAAAUAUUUAUACAUGAUGUUUUAGUAGAAUCUAGAUCUGUGAAGAAGAAAUACAAGGCCAGGACGAA